AUGUCCUACCGGAACGACUCGGAUAACUAUGGCAGUGGAAACCAGAGCUCCGGCUUUGGUGGAAACGACUCCUAUGGAAGCUCAGGCCGCCAUGGUAACAGCAACAGCUAUGGCAGUAGCAACAACGAUGACAGUGACAACUAUGGAAGAGAUUCCAAGUCGAGCUACGGUGACAGCAGCAAGAAUGACAGCUACGGCGGCAACACCAAUGACAGCUACGGUAGUGGCAACAAGUCCAGCAACGACAGCUAUGGUAGCAGCAACAAGAACGACGACAGCUACGGCAGUGGCAACAAGUCGAACAACGACAGCUAUGGUAGCAACACCAAUGACAGCUAUGGUAGUGGCAACAAGUCGAACAACGACAGCUAUGGUAGCAGCAACAAGAACAACGACAGCUACGGCAGUGGAUCUAAGUCCAGCAACAACAGCUAUGGUAGCAGCAACAAGUCCGAUAACGACAGCUACGGCAGCAACAAGAAGUCUAGCUACGGUAGCGACAACAACGACAGCUAUGGCAGCGGAUCCAAGUCCAACAACGACAGCUAUGGUAGCAGCAACAAGAACAACGACAGCUACAGCAGUGGAUCCAAGUCCAACAACGAUAGCUACGGCAGCGGUAACAACGAUAGCUACGGCAGCAACAAGUCCGACAACGACAGCUAUGGUAGCAGCAACAAGAACAACGAUAGCUACAGCAGUGGAUCCAAGUCCAACAACGAUAGCUACGGCAGCGGUAACAACGAUAGCUACGGCAGCAACAAGUCCGACAACGACAGCUAUGGUAGCAGCAACAAGAACAACGACAGCUACAGCAGUGGAUCCAAGUCCAACAACGAUAGCUACGGCAGCAACACCAACGACAGCUACGGCAGUGGAUCCAAGUCCAAGAAUGAUAGCUACGGCAGCAGCAACAGUGACAGCUAUGGCAGUGGCAACAAGUCCAGCUACAGCGGUAACAGCGAUAGCUAUGGAAGCAACGCUCACUCUGGCCGCGGUGGUAGCAGCAACGAUGAUUAUGGUAGCCGAUCGAGUGGUCAGGGUCGUGGUGAAUCGGAUCGCUAUGGCAAUUAG